CGGUUAACUAAAUUUUUCACAAAAGUUGUGCAAGAAAUUAGUGUUAAAAUAAAGCUUAUUAAUAAAAAAAAUAAAAAUGCAAAAGUUGGGAACCGGAGGUAGCAAUAAAAUGCAGCAACGCUCUUGGGCGUUAUUGGCAAUUUUUCUUGUAAGCUGUUUUGUUGUUGUCACUAAAGUGCAGGCAUCAUUGCAAAUAGAACCUGUUCAAAAGCAACAAUCAUUAAUUGAAUUAAAUGAAGACAAUUGGCGUCAAAUGUUCAAAGGAGAAUGGAUGGUUGAGUUCUUCGCACCUUGGUGCCCUGCCUGCAAGAAUUUAGCACCAGUAUGGGAACGUUUUGCAGCAUCAGCUUCAGAAAUAAAUGUAAAUGUUGCUAAAAUUGAUGUUACAACUUCGCCAUCACUUAGUGGUCGAUUUUAUGUAACUGCUUUGCCAACUAUUUAUCAUGUUAAAGAUGGUGAAUUUCGACAAUACCGAGGAUCCCGCGAUGGAGAUGCCUUAAUGUUUUUUGUUAGACAAAAGCAAUGGACUAAGUUGGAACCAAUUUCAUCAUGGAAAAAACCUGAUACCAUACAUAUGUCUGUCUUGUCAUACUUUUUUAAAUUGUCUCAUACCCUAAAGGAUUUCAAUGGUCGUCUUCAAGAAGAGUAUGGUCUACCAACUUGGGGUUCAUAUGCACUCUUUACCAUUGGAACAAUAUUUGUGGGAGCAGCAUUGGGUCUUAUGUUAGUUUGUGUAGUUGACUUUUUGUAUCCUCCCAAAAAACUGCAGCGUCAGAGUUUUUCAGAAUCAAAGGAAAACUCACGAAAUGACAUUGAGGACAUUGCUAAUGACGAAAUUGAAGAUGACAGACCUCAAAAUGACGAUGAAGAUGACGAAGAUGAUGAUGAUGAAGAAGCAAUUGAUGAAGAGGACGAUGAUAAUGAAAAUGCUUCAACAGAAGAUGAAAAACAAACACAUAGCGAGUCUGAAGAACCAGAAAGUGAAAGUAAAUCCGAGAAAAAACAAACUGGUGAUAAACCUAGUCCCAGUGAAGUACGCAAGCGCAAACCACGUAAAGCUGAUUAAGCCUAUUGACUUCUCGUGAUUUUAAUAUGCAAUUUUUGUAAAAAAAAAAAACAAAAAUUUUUUGUGUAAAGCUCAUAAAAAAAUAAAAUCUCUUAACUACGCACAAAAUUGAUCAAACUUUUGGAUUACACAACAAAUUUAUGAUAUUUUCAUAUAUGUAUAUGAAAAAACGCAAAUGUUUUUAAUUAUUUAUACUUUGCUAUUUAAAAAUAUAUAAGAAAAAAACUAAAUAAAGACAAUUGUUUCGCCUUACUUAUAUAAAAAAUGGAAAAUCCAUUAAUAAUCACAUUAUAAAGUACUACUAGUUUUUAAAUUAAUAAAAUUUAAUAUUAGUUUUAAAAUUAAUUUUUUAUUAAACAUGUUAAAAUUUUAUUAGAAACAUGAUACAAUAAUAUUGUUGUAUCAUGAUUAGAAAUAUAAAUACAUAACAAUUUCUCGUAUAUUUCGUUUUAAAACUUUUUAAUAUUUUGUAAUACUGGUGAUCUUUCUCUGCACUUAAGAAUUAAAAACUUUUAUAAUUUAACUCAUUAAAAAUGUAACAAAAACGACAAGUAAAACUCUUAACUAAACUAUCAUUCAAUAAUUUAUUAAACGAAAUAAACAUAUGAAAUAAAUCUAAAAUGUAGAACAA